AUGGAGUUUGAUGGCGAGAUUUUUGAGGCUAUGCCGCCGAAGAGGCUGAAGCCUAGCAAGAAGCGACAACACGAGUCGCACGAUGGAUCAGAGGCGGACAUGCCAGAUGCAUUUGAGUCGGGCCGCAAGCCCGGACCCAGAAGCUUUCAAGGCCUCGCGGAGUGGCCGAAGCAAGUCUACGAGGACAUAGAGACUGCAAGCCCUGAUUUGCUAGAGGUUUUGCGUUCAAAUCUGUGCUCCAACAAGGAUGUCUGGCUCACGACGCACUACUCAGGAAUGGGCUGUGCCGAGCUUGCAUUGCUCAUGCUGAAAGCGCAGCUGCCAGAGAGAGAUGCUGGCCAUGCUGGCAAAGUGAUGCUGUAUUCAGCCUGCGACAAUGACCCGCUAGCGCGAAAGAUGCUGAUGGAACGCUCCAAGGCCCUUGCACCCCGCCAUGUGUUUGGCGACAUCACCUCUCGUGUGCCACUCGAAGCUUUGGCAAAGCUUCGGGAAAUCGAGGCCUCCGCCUUGGAUCGGGCAGCUGAAUCUGGAAGUCGCUGGAAGUGCACAGACACGGAGGGCAAGGAAACGUUGAAGCAGCACAAACUCGAACUUGGAGAGAACAUGGUGCGGGAUAUGUGUUGCAUACUUUCGCAAUGCAAACUCAUGCAGAAGGAUUUCUGCUUUGCCUGCAACAAGAUGUGCCCGUUGCUUCCAGACAUGGCUGGCGAAAACGCCAAUGCUGUGCAUGGGGAAAUCGCCGGCACAACUUGUGUGGCGUGGAGCUCGAUGAGGUCCGGUGCUUCUACUACGGGCCAGUGGCUUCACAAGUCUACGCUGCCUUGUCUGGUGUGGAUGUUUUGGCUACGGCAGUCGAAGCCUACGUGGUAUGUGCAUGAGUGCACGAGCCGGUUCGAUGCCCAGGAACUGUGCGAGUUUCUCGAGGCGCAGUACAUGUCAUUUUCAUUGCGGUUUUCCCCCAAGAUGUUUGGUGUGCCAGCAGAUCGUCAAAGAUGUUAUACCGUGGGGUUCAACACACAGACCCACCAGCUGACCCAGCUGGGCAGGGAGAUGUUGGAACAAGCUUGCGCUGAUUCCUUGGACGAGGGCCAGCAACUUGAAGGACUUAGCUUUCGCAAUCUGAGCAAAGGCAUGUCGGAAUGCUUUCGGGAGAUCUUCGAGCGUCAGGUGGCCGUUGGCUGUGAGGUGUUCCUGCAAGCCCCAGCAGAGAUGAUAGCUGCAUUUCACGAGAAGCAUGCUCCACCUGGUUCUGCAACAUGCACUGGCAGCCGCAAGGACUUGCUCCUUUGCCUUUCCGGUGCAGAGUUUCAGCGGCUUCUGAGCUUCAAGAAGGUGUUUCACGACAACUUCCAUGGCACCUUUGACGAGGCCUUGGGAGCAUCUGGUGCGGUGAACUUGCAGCAGACCAUUGCCUUUCAAGCAAGAGUCACUAACAUCGUCCCCGCCUUGCUGACUCAGUCUGUCCUUUGUGUGCUGACAAAGAAGGGGCAGGAUGCUGAGCCUGUGCGUGUGGUGCUCCCCAUGGAGCACUUUGGAAUGCUCGGCUUUCCGAUUUUCGGAGCUGGCUGCUUUUCGGAGCUCUUUCCGUGGGAGUUCUCCUGGUUGGAGGCGCAUCUCACAAGCGUGGACAUCCGCCGCAUGACGGGCAACGGCAUGCACUUGCAGUCUGUCGGAUCAAUCCUAGGGCUGCUCUUGUCUCUUUUUGAGCCCAAGUCACCUUUCUCGAUGUUGCUGGGCAGGUCAAACCCUUUUCUGCAAAGCUAG